AUGGUCGACGCGGCACUGAAGCUCAAGCACCAGGUGGCGCAGAACCCGGACAACCGCCUGACCGCCAUCUUUGCAAAGUCUGGCAAGGCCGUCGUCGGACUCUAUGCGGGCACCCAGGUUUACAGAUCCACGCUUGCCUCUCUCAUGCGAGACUUUGUUCACCGUAUUAACGACCCAGAGGUGGACACGCCUUCGCGCCUGACUAUGCAGGUCUGCGGCCCGACCGGCGAGCGCUCGGCCACAGCGGUGUUUGGAGCUAUCGCAGAUGCCGACGGAGACAUACAGGGCGUCCACAAGGCGCUCAGUGGCUGGGUUGAUGGCGAGUGCGUCGAGGGUUUCGACGGCAGCAGAAACGCGCAGGUUCCUGUCGCGUGGCCAAGGUCGACUUUGGUGACAGCUGCUGGUCCAUCGCUCAGGAGAAUAAUGGCUGCCGAUGACGAAUGCAAAUACACCGUUAUCGAAGAGAACGAUCGCUGCCCAGCCAUUGCAAAGCGUUGCAACGUCUCGUUGAACAAGCUCGUGCAGUUUAAUGGUGGCGACCAGACAGCGUUCUGCAACAACUUGAAACCCAAAACCGCAGCUUGCUGUACUACUGGCAAGAAGCCAGACUUCAAGCCCAAACCGCAAGAGAAUGGCGACUGUGCUGUGCACGAGGUCAAGAAGGACGACGGCUGUUGGGCCAUCGCCGACAAGUAUCACCUCAACCAGACAGAGCUCCACCAGCUCAAUGUCGGCAAGACCUGGGGCUGGGCGGGCUGCGGCGCUCUUCUGGCUGAUCAGAAGAUCUGCAUCAGCGAAGGGCGGCCUCCCAUGCCAGUCCAGGUGCAAAACGUCACUUGUGGCCCACAGGUCAUAGGCACGCAACGACCUCAAGAGGGCAUCAAGAUUGCUGAUCUGAAUCCCUGUCCGCUGAAAGUCUGCUGCUCAGGAUGGGGAUAUUGUGGUCUUACUGACGACUUCUGCACGGAUACAAGCAUCGACAACACUCCUGGAACACAUGAGCCGAACACGAACGGUUGCAUCUCCAACUGCGGCAAGAUCGAGAUUAUCAACAACAACACGCCACCGGAGAACUUUAUUCGAGUAGGAUACUUUGAGGCCUGGAAUGGCAACCGUCCUUGUCUCAAUAUGGACGUCACGGAAGUGAAAGACCCGAUCACACACAUUCACUUUGCAUUCGGUCACAUCAACGAAGACUUCGUCCCCAGUACUGACCCGGAAGUCACCGAGCAAUGGGUCAAGUUCCUGGGAAUGUCAGGUCCGAAGAAGAUCAUUUCAUUUGGAGGUUGGGCAUUCUCUAACGAGCCGGGAACAUCACACAUAAUGCGACAGGGCGUCAAACCUGCGAACAGACAGAAGUUCGCCGACAACAUCAUCAAGUUUGUUGUUGAUAACAAGCUCGACGGCGUCGACUUUGAUUGGGAGUACCCUGGCGCUGAUGAUAUUGAGGGCUCCGAUCCGGGUACCAAAGAAGAUGGCAUCAACUAUCUGAAGUUCUUGACAAUAGUCCGCAAUGGUUUGCCAAAGGAGAAGUCCUUGGCUAUUGCCGCGCCGGCCUCCUACUGGUACCUGCGCCACUUUCCGAUUGACCAGAUGGCCAAGAUCCUCAGCUAUAUCGUUUACAUGACGUACGAUUUGCACGGGCAAUGGGAUGCUGGCAGCAAGUGGGCUAGCACCGGUUGUGCUAAUGGCGAUUGUCUGCGGUCACACGUCAACAUCACGGAGACGAUCAACUCGCUUGCAAUGAUCACGCGAGCCGGCGUGUCCUCGACCAAGGUCAUCGUGGGUAUUACAAGCUAUGGACGUAGCUUCAAGAUGGCAGACGCGAACUGCUGGGGGCCAUCGUGUCUAUACCUUGGCUCGCGCAACAACUCGCCUGCUCAACCCGGAAAGUGCACUGACACAGGCGGCUACAUUGCGAACGGCGAGAUUAACGAGAUCAUCAAGCGCAAGGCCACACCGAUCAAGCAGAUAUUCGACAAGGAGUCUGACUCUGACAUCCUCAUCUACAACAAUGUGGAGUACGUUGGCUAUAUGAGCCAGGAGAGCAAGGACCGCCGUGUCCAGAAGUACAAGGGCCUCAAUUUUGGCGGCGCGACCGAUUGGGCCGUGGAUCUCAUGGGAGAC